GCGGACAAAGCGGCGGGAGCUGCGGGGCGCGGCGAUGGCCGCGGCCGCGCAGGAGGAGUACGCGUACCUAUACAAGGACUCCGGGCAUCCCGCCGGCUUCCUGGAGGCGUUCCGGGCGUUCUACCUGGACGGGCUGUUCACCGACAUCACCCUGCAGUGCGCUUCGGGGGUCAUCUUCCACUGCCACAGAGCCGCCCUGGCAGCCUGCAGCAGUUAUUUCAAAGCCAUGUUCACAGCCGAUAUGAAAGAGAAAUCCAAAAACCAGAUCAGCCUUCCCGGGCUCAGCCAUGCGGUACUGGAAGCCCUCGUGAAUUAUGCAUACACAUCACAGAUCCAGAUAACAAAGAGAAAUGUCCAAAGCCUACUCCAGGCUGCAGACCUGCUCCAGUUCGUGUCAGUAAAGAAAGCCUGUGAGCAGUUUCUGGUGAGGCAUUUAGACACUGACAACUGCAUAGGGAUGCACUCCUUUGCUGAAUAUCAUGAUUGCUCGGAACUAGAGAAGGAGUCCAGGAGGAUAUUGUUAUGGCAGUUUGAAGAAGUGUGGAAGCAGGAAGAGUUUCUGGACAUUGGCAAGGAGAAGCUCUCUUAUAUUCUUUCCAGGGAGAAUCUCAAUGUUCGGAAAGAAGAGGCAGCCAUUGAAGCUGUCGUUAACUGGGUUGCACACAAUGUGGAAGAAAGAAUCGAAGACAUCUAUGAACUGCUGAACUGCAUCAAAGUAGACUUAGAUAACAUGUAUUUGAGGUCAGCUUUAAGCCUACAAAAAAAAUGUCGACUCAAUGGCCGUAAGAUAAGGUCACUCAUAUACAAGGCCCUCGACCUCAAACCCAAGAGUCUUUCCAGAAGACCCACAGCAGCCAUGUAUGUGAUUGGAGGAUAUUACUGGCACCCCUUAUCAGAAGUGCACGUUUGGGAUCCUUUAACCAACGCAUGGGUCCAGGGAACAGAGAUGCCAGAUCACACCAGAGAGAGCUAUGGGGUCACUAGCUUGGGACCAGACAUAUACGUGACAGGAGGUUACAGAACGGAGAGCAUUGAAGCCCUUGACACCGUGUGGAUAUAUAACAGUGAGAGGGAUGAGUGGACAGAAGGCUGCCCCAUGCUCGACGCAAGGUAUUACCACUGUGCAGUUUCCUUGAGUGGCUGUGUCUACGCGCUGGGGGGGUAUCGAAAGGGAGCUCCUGUGCAAGAAGCUGAGUUCUAUGAUCCUUUAAUACAGAAAUGGCUUCCUAUUGCAAACAUGAUCAAAGGGGUUGGAAAUGCCACUGCCUGUGCCCUGCACGAAGUCAUCUACGUAACUGGAGGUCACUAUGGGUACAGGGGAAGCUGUACCUAUGAUAAAAUCCAGAGAUACCAUUCAGGUAGCAAUGAGUGGAGUAUAGUCACCACAAGUCCACAUCCAGAAUACGGAUUGUGUUCAAUUACAUUACAAAACAAGAUCUUUGUGGGUGGACAGACCACGAUCACGGACUGCUAUGACCCAGAGCAAAAUGAGUGGAAGCAGAUGGCUCACAUGAUGGAGAGAAGGAUGGAGUGUGGCACAGUGGUCAUGAACGGAUGCAUCUAUGUAACAGGAGGAUAUUCCUAUUCAAAAGGAACGUAUCUGCAGAGUAUUGAGAAAUAUGACCCUGAACUGAAUAAGUGGGAAGCAGUAGGAAGUCUUCCCAGCGCUAUGCGGUCACAUGGCUGUGUCUGUGUGUAUAAUGUAUAAACAUUUAAUUUUCAUCUUGCUGUUACAGCAAACAGCAGAUGCAGUAUUCAUAAAGUACUGAUUACCUCAUGACUGAGUUGUCUGAUACAAUCUCUUAGCGCAUAUUGUUGAAAAUCAGGUAUAAUUUUUUCUCAUUUUAAACAACUCAGAAAUAUAGACAUGGUAACAAGAUUUCCAUAUAUUUUUCUGUCCAAUCAUUUUUUGUCAUGAAAGUUCUCAAAUGAUUCUCUUAUAAUACCUAGAAACUACUGUGAAAAAGAGAUUUGUUUUUGUGGGAAAUCACUGUGGGAAACUAUGAUCUGGUGCUAAGAUGACUAAAGCCAAACCAAAUACUUUACAUUUCUAAGGACUACUGGGCUUCAGAGGAAUUUUGUAUUCUGAAGGUAGCUAUAGAAAUGGAUCAUUGCCCCAAUGGGGAAUGAGGGAAGAAAUGUCAGGCAGUAGCCUCAAAGCACAAGCCAAAAGUGUGCACUAGUUUUCCAGAAGAGCAGUGCUCUGAAGUACAAGGGCGUUUGAGAAAAGUAGUCUCUUUGCCAUUCUUACACUCCCUUUGACAUUGCCCAUAAGAAAUGAAAAACGACUCUGCAAGGCUUUGCAAUGGGCUCUUUGGCUGAUACACAGAUAUUUGCGAGGGUUUUUUCUGUUUGGUUGGUUGGUUGUUUUUUUUCAGAGAAAGCCUUGACCUGCUUAACUCUUUUUUAAUAUCAAAUUCAAGAUAGGUGUCUCUGUGGAAUGGAAGGAUGAAAUGAGAGAGAUUGGAAAGCUGCUAAUGUCCCCCCGCAAUACAAACUUCUCUAUUUUGUUUAAUACCAUUUGAUCUUCUAAGAGUGCUGAACUGUGACUUGAGCAAAGGUGACAACUGAAGAAACUUGUCAAAAUAUGUUAUUUAUGGAGAGGUUGAAUGCUAAGUGAUCUACAAGAUUGAUUUAUUUAUUAUUUCUCUCAAAACAUAAUACAAGAUCUUCAAAUUCUGUGUAGAAAGCAGAUUUUUGUAAAAUGCUUUGUAGACAAAUGGAUCACACUCUGAGUGGCCUGAUAGCAGUGAUU